AUGGCGUCUACGUUGUCUUCCUCCGAGCUGGCGGACGACGGAGCAGUCCUAGUCCCCGCUCCCGAUCCGCUCGUCCACGUCGCCUUCAACCAGCACGGCACACACUUUGUCGCGGCCACAGCGACCGGCUUCUAUGUAUUUUCCUGCCACCCUCUCGAGCGUGUCAUGCGCCGGCUCGGCUCCGACGGCUGCACGUUCAAUUUCAAUGUGACCUCUGCCCAGCUUCUCACGCGGUCUCAGCUGGCCGUCGCCACGCGGAGGCCCAACGACGUCAGCGGCGCCGUCGACGACCACGUCAUCGACUUCUGGAACGGCAUGUGCAAGCCCAAGGACGCCAGGACCAACACCGUCAGGAGCCCGUGCGGCGCCGUCGGCGGCUUCCGCCUGCGGGGCGACCACAUGCUCGUCGCCGGCGAGGGGACGGCCACGCUGUUCGACGGCGUCCACUGGGAGAAAGAGGUGACGACGGGGCCGAACCCGCUAGGGCUGUGCGCGAUGGAGGAGCCGAAUGGGCCUGCGACGCUCGUCUACGCCCUGCCGCUGCCGGAGGCGGGGUCGGUGCAGGUCCGCCGGCGCGGCAGGGCCGGCAGCGUCAGCGUGCGCGCGCACGGCUCGGGCGUGGCGUGCCUCGCGCUGUCCCGCGACGGACGGCUGCUCGCCACCGCUGGCUCCCGGGGCACACUCCUGCGCAUCUUCAGCACCGCCGACGGCACCAAGCUGCAAGAGCUAAGGAGAGGUAUUGACAGAGCAGACAUCCACUGCGUCGCCUUCUCGCUGGAAUCCCAAUGGCUGGCCGUCUCCAGCGACAAGGGGACGGUGCACGUUUUCCCGGUCGCUAGCGUCAACAAGGCGACCGAGGGCGGCGGCGACGACAGCGAUAACAUGCCGGUAACACCACCGGCAGCGGCAGCGGCACCGGCAACAGCCAAGCAGGGAUCGUCGCUAUCAUUCUUGAAAGGUUACUUGCCGAGCUACUUCAGCUCGGAGUGGUCGCUGGCUCAGGUCCGGCUCCGUGAAGGCGUCGACUACACGGUGGAGUUCUGGCGGCACCACCCCAACACCAUCCUCAUCGCCGGCACGGACGGAAGUUUUUUUGUCACUGCAAUGGUUCGUGCGUGCAGCUUCUACCGGUGCCGUUUUGACCCCGUGAACGCGGGCGAGAUGAAGGAGCUGGAGCACGAGAGAUUCAUUAAGAAGAUCAAGGAGUGAGACAGCAAGAGAGAAAUAUCCCAGUCCAGUAGGAGGCUUAGCCAGUUCACCUUUAUAUAUAUACACGAUGUGUACAAUGCAAUGGCUUAGAGAGGUGUUUGCAAAAGUAAAUCAGUUUUGGCUUAAGCAUCGGUGCUUGUUUCUAAUGCUUAAUUAAAGAAGUGGCCAGGGGUUGAAAUUAAAAUUUGGGCCGGUCACUUCUUUUUGACAACUGGCUAGCCACCGGCGAGGGCAAAAGCAGCCCGCCUAGGGGUCUGACACUGCUUGCAUACAUCACUAGGGGUCUGAAUACAUCAAAACGCGCACCCCACCAAUGAAUUUAGUGUUAUUUAAGAAGUAAGAAAACGAAGAGAAAAACGAAAAUAGACAAUGAGAAAUUUUGCACACAAUACACUACACAUAUAUGUGCUUUUUAAAAAUAUAUGCAGGAAUAAAAAUAUAAUAGUGGAAUUGGAAGCAUUGGUAGUACUCAUUAAAAAAGAAAUAAAAACUAUAAAAUAAAUAAUAAUAUAGUAUUCUAAUCCAAGAACGAAAAGGAGUUGGUGGCAUUGGUAUUACCCGUUAAGAAGAAAGAAAUUAAAAAAAACUGAAAGAAGAAAUGACACAGUUUACACAUAAUUGUGGAUUUUUUGCAAAAAAAGAAGUUUUUCAAAGAAUGAGUGAAUCAGAUUGCACUUUUCUUAAUAUGCAAAGAACAAAAAUUUAAUAGUGCAUUUUUCACACUAUAGUAUAAUUUGCAUACAUAUUGUAUAAUAUUGCAUGUGUACUUACACAAAAAGUGAAAUUUUCAUAGUAAAAGUUUCCACAUAUAAAACUAAAAAAAUCAAAAUAAUGAAAUUUUCUAAAAAAGAAUGAAUUAGUGGCAGUGGUGUUACCCUUUAAGAAGAAAGGAAAUGAAAAAAAAAACUGAAACAAGCGAUGAAAAUUUUAGCACACAGUUUACACAAAAAUUCUAUAAAGGAGUAGGAUUUUCUAUCAUAGUUUGCCACAAAACUAGUUAAGGUUUUCAACGCUAUAAAAGUUUCAGAGACAACAUAUUUUUUAUCAUGUCAAAAAGUAAUAUAUUUUUUAGAAUUGUUAACAAUACAAUCAAAUCGAAUGUUGAAUAAUCAAACUCAAAGACACUGAUCGAGUUGGGAGCCAGGGAUCGGCUAGUGGCACCAUUAAGCCCAAAAUGCUAGCUUGGCUUGGAUCCAAUUCAAUUCUUUUAUUGCAUCCACUUAAAUUCAACCAGGCCAAAAUAAAAAAAACUGAAGAUAGUUCUUGACCAAAGAACUUGGCCAUGACACUUUUUUGGAUCGGAGGAUAAAAAGUAGACCAUAGUAAAUAGUGAUUACUAAAAGGAAA